AUGUGGUACAUUCACAUUCAACAGUUGAAUGCGUCAUUGAGCAAGAAGACCCAAAGAAGAAGACCCAACUUUAUUAUGAGCAACGCGGAGUGCGUUGUAGUGUCCUUCGGCUGCAAUGACGACGGACAGCUGGGCACGGGUGCUAAGCGCCGUCCUACGCUUGCCAUCGACGACGUGUCGGCCUCCAAUUUCCCCCAGCAGCUCAGCAACCUGCAGGACAAGGACGUUGUGGCGGUCUCGUGCGGCUCUCGUCAUACGAUGGCGCUUACAGCAAGCGGCGCUGUGUAUUCCUGGGGCUGGGGAUCGAUGGGCCAACUGGGCCAUGGAGACCUCAAGAGCAUUAAUGAGCCUCAGAAGAUCGACUUCUUCGAGAAGGAAGGACACAUGGUGGACUACAUCUCAUGUGGAGGCUGUCACUCUGCCGCUGUGACCAAUGAUGGAACGCUUUACAUGUGGGGCGAGUCGCACUGGGGUCAGCUCGGUCUACCCAAGGAAUACGAUGCGGCGCACGAGUCGUUGCCGGUUAAGUGUCCCAUGCCCGAGGGUGAAGCCGACGAAGUUAUUGUGAAGGUCAGCUGUGGUGGCACCCACACGGCUGCGUUGACUAGUUUAGGACACGUCUACGUCUGGGGUCGAGGUGAUAGCGGACAGUUGGGCAUCGGCUCGGCGUGGUUGAAGGACCCAGAGAACGAGAGUCUAAUGGGAGCAAGCCGUCCGCAUCUGGUGAAAGGAUUCGACGGCGAGAAGGUCGUACAGGUUGCUUGUGGCGCUUUCCACUCGGCUGCUGUGACCGAGCAAGGGCACGUUUACAUUUGGGGAAAAGAGGACUACGGCAUGCUCGGUGUUGGUCAGUCAUCCGACCAGCAGAUCCCGAAGCGCUUAGACUAUUUCGACGACAUCCCAGUACUGUGCGUUGCUGUCUUGUACUUCCUGCUUGUGCCUGGAAUUUUUACCUGCUAACCCGUGCAUUGUGCGAUGAAUUGUACAGACGCGUAUCUUGCGGUGGUUGGCACACGGUGGUGGUUGCCAAGUCGGGCGAUUGCUACGCAUUUGGACGGGGUGAGUAUGGCCGACUGGGCCUCAGUGACACAAAAAGUCGUACGCGACCGCACUUGGUAAGGAAUCGUGCUUUCUACUACAAUGCUAUAAUCACCUGACAGCCCCUAUCUUCUGUGCUACGCAGGUGAAAGCACUGAAGGGUAAACCCGUGAUUCAGGCUGCGUGUGGUGGGUCUCACACUCUGUUUGUCACGAGCGACGGCGUCGCCUACGUUGCAGGACGACCUGAGUGCGUAUCAAUUCUCGUCGUACAGUUUGCUUGUUGUGAAGGAAUCCUAACCACUUUUCUCGUUGCGACAGCCACGGACGACUAGGUUUGACGGACAUGAAGGCGUUGGCAGUGCCUACACGUGUUAACCUAGGCUCCAUCCCAGUUCGUCAGGUCUCUGCUGGUGGCGCACACUCGGUGGCUUUGAUGCACACAUCGCGCCCAAUUUUCUCGCCUAUGAUCUCACCAAUCCCCACCAACAAUUCCGUCCCGCAUGGUGAACUACACGUAUAAAGGAUUUACCAAUUGCCUCCCGCUGCAUUAGACAAAGUGCGACCUCAGAUACCUACAGUAGUCAAGUUUUGUGCAUCAAGUUGCAGUACUCUGAGUACUGCAACUUGAUGCACAAAACUUAGUUUUAGAGUUCUGUACUCUAACUUGAUAAAAAACGUUUAUAUCUUCUU